GUCACGUGGGCGCGCCGGGCCUGGGGUCGCCCGCGCUGCCACCGCCGUCGGUACUCCUGGACUGUGGAGCGAAGGAUGGAACCUGUGGCCGUGCCCCCCGAGAUCGGGGAGAGACCAGGAGCGCCCUCUGGCUCGGGCCUCUCGGCUUCCCAGCGUCGGGCCGAGCUGCGGCGGAGAAAGCUGCUCAUGAACUCGGAGCAGCGCAUCAACCGGAUCAUGGGCUUUCACAGGCCCGGGAGCGGCGCGGAAGAAGAAAGUCAAGCAAAAACAAAGCAACAGGAAGGCGAUAAGCUCAACUCCCUUGGCGUUCCUUCAGUUUCAAAGCGAGUAGUGCUGGGUGAUUCGGUCAGCACAGGGACAACAGACCCACAAGGCGAUGUGGCAGAGGUAAAGGGGACCCAACUGGGAGACAAAUUGGACGCUUUCAUGAAACCACCGGAGUGCAGUACUGACGUCAGCCUUGAGCUCCGGCAGCGCAACAGAGGGGACCUGACAGCGGAUGCUGUCCAAAGGGGGCCUCACCAUGGCCUGGAACAAUACCUUUCCAGAUUCGAAGAAGCAAUGAAGCUACGGAAACAGCUGAUCAGUGAAAAACCCCAUCAAGAGGAUGGCAGUACAACAGAAGAAUUUGACUCUUUUCGAAUAUUUAGAUUGGUGGGAUGUGCUCUUCUUGCUCUUGGUGUCAGAGCUUUUGUUUGCAAAUAUUUGUCCAUAUUUGCUCCAUUUCUUACUUUACAACUUGCGUACAUGGGACUAUACAAAUAUUUCCCCAAGGGUGAAAAGAAGAUAAAGACAACAGUCCUAACGGCUGCACUUCUACUGUCUGGAAUUCCUGCCGAAGUGAUCAACCGAUCAAUGGAUACUUAUAGCAAAAUGGGAGAAGUCUUCACAGAUCUUUGUGUCUACUUUUUCACUUUUAUCUUUUGUCAUGAGCUGCUUGAUUAUUGGGGCCCUGAAGUACCAUGAAGCAUGCAGAACUCAGAAGAAGCUAAAAAAGCUAUUUCUUCUGUAUUACAUUGUCUCUGAAAGAGGCAACUUGGUUUACAUCAUCUUUAUGUAUUUCUUUUACUUUGUAGAGAUUAUAACACUACUAGGAAUGGAAUGACUAGUUCACUGGUUUGAAAGGGUUGAGUUUGUAUUAGUACUGCUCUGAAGAACAGAGUACCAGUGAUACUGAUGAUUUCUCUUGUUUAAUUAUACUCCCUAGUCUAUAUCUUUCCUCUAACUUCCCAGAUUUGUAUUCCUUUUUGGGGGCUGAGUUAGUGAUGUUAGAAGAGCAGAUAAAUACAGUCUCACCUAUCCCUACGGGUGGAUAGCUUCUUGUAUUUGUGUCAUCCUGUCCUGAGAAUUGAAACCAUCUUAAAAAUAAAAUGAAAAAAAAAACUGGGUUGACUUAAUGUU